AAUAUCAUAUUAUUGAUUCUUUUAUGUUAUAUAGUUUUUGGAAAUAAUGAGAAAGUGGAAGGGAGCUUAUAUAGCAUAUAUGUGAAUGUCGAAAAAUAUGGAUGCUACUAGCCAAUCUUGUAUACAACUGAAACCUUUGGAGUAAGAGGUAGGUAUAUUUCAAGUACAAAAACCUUUGACAGAACUUAGUGUUGUCAACUUAAUGAACCAUGAGAUUUUGAUGCAAAUAAUAACAAGGGCGUAUUGGAAAUUUUACACGGCCCAUGUCAGACCUCAUUGAGUUAAAUUUUGUUUAUGUUUUACUAGGUUUUACAAGUUGAGGGUUUUCUGGUAACUGAUAGAUUUGUUAGAAAUGGGUGCAGACACAGUUUAUUGGUCUUUUCUUCAGCAAGUUCUGUUAUUGAAUCUUUAUAAAAAAUCGUCUUAGGCCUAGAAAAGUCUUUCCGCAGUCAAAAGUUGUAGUUCUUUAAUUUGAAGUUACAAGUCUUGGUAAUUGUAGGAAAAGUUCAAUGGCCUAUAAAUACCUUUGUAAUUUACCUUUGGAGAAUUUGAGAUUGUGUGUCCAAGCAUGACCCUUUUGAAGGUGAAGCUGAAGACUAGGAAUUCGUAGGGUUUGAUUUCUUUUCUAAACUUGGACUUGAACUUUUCUUUGUUGUUUUAACCUGUGUGCAGCCAGAUCUUAACCCGAGAACAGUGUUGGUAAAAGCACUGAUAGACAUAUAACAUCUAUAAGCUGUUAUUCCUUUUCAAUGAUAGACAUAUAAGUUCACAAUCCUAAAUUCCUUUUUAAUGUAGACUUGUAACAUCUAUAAGCUGUUUUUUCUUGUUACAGUUUUUGUUUUUUGUUUUUCUUGUGCUGAAUAAUCUGUCGAUUUUCAUAAUCUGAAGUGUUGAUAAAAUAUAUUUCAACUGAUUCCUCAUGUGAAAAAAUACUUCUUCAGGACAUACGCAUGUUGCAGAGGCACUAAAAGUACCACUCCAUAUAUUUUUCACAAUGCCAUGGACGCCUACCAGCGAGUUUCCACAUCCUUUUUCUCGUGUCAAACAAGAAGUUGGAUAUAGACUAUCAUAUCAAAUUGUUGAUGCACUAAUUUGGCUUGGAAUAUGGGACAUUAUAAAUGAGUUUAGGAAGAAAAAAUUGAAGCUGAGACCUGUGACAUAUUUAAGUGGUUCUUAUAGUUCUCCAGAUUUGCCUUAUGGAUAUCUUUGGAGUCCUCAUCUUGUUCCCAAACCGAAAGGUCAUUUCCUUGUUAUCCAUUAUAUUGCUGUUUAUUGAAGGAGUAAUGUAGUGUCA